AUUGGCUGGAGUGCAAAGGAACAUAGUCAUCAUGAAAAAAAGAGGUUAUGCUGUUAGUGACUACGAGCACUAACCACUUAAAAGUGAAAGGCAGAGCUCUAAUAGGUGAGAAACCGGUUCCUACUGUGCCACUUACAGCAGCCCAGUUCACUCAUAUAGAGCUUUGGAAACCAAGGAGCUCCAGAUCCUGCUCUGGGCAGCAACUUGCUUAUCCUCACAGCAGCUCAGAGUGCAGUAAUAGGAGGAGAAGAGUGGGGAGAAGAAAGCAACACUGUUUGGUACUGAAGGAGCACAGAGGACUGCUUUCCAGGCAGUGUUCCCUGAUUAGAAAUGCUGUCAAGACUGAUGACGUGCAGCACCGUUUCACUUGGCGUGGGUGAGCAACGCAUUGUGAAGGAAUGGAAAGGAACUUUGCAUCUCAGGGCAGCAGCUUCUUGAAAAUGGCGGGUGUAAGCAGCUGCAUGAAGUACUCCAUGUUUGUCUUCAACUUCUUAUUUUGGGUGUGUGGUUCAGUUAUUUUGGGAGUCUCUAUAUGGAUACGUGUUAGCAAAGAUGCUCAGGAGGAGUUGGGCAUAGACAACAGCCUGUUUGCAGGGGUUGAUCUGCUGAUAGCUGUGGGCUCCAUCAUUAUGGUCCUAGGGUUUCUGGGGUGCUGUGGUGCCAUCAAGGAAAGCCGGUGCAUGCUGCUCUUGUUUUUUAUUGGACUGCUGCUGAUCUUGAUCCUUCAGGUCACAGGAGGUAUUUUAGGAGCAGUAUACAGAUCUCAGAUUGAAACAUCCCUUAACACAACUUUAAUGGACAGUGUUAAUUUAUUGCAAAGCAAUACAGAAAAAGCAAAACAAUUUCAGGACACCUUCCAGAAGUUUCAGACAGAGAACAAGUGCUGUGGUUUGGUGAAUGGGCUUGCAGACUGGGGAAGCAAUGUUGGUACAGCUAUUAGUAGCUGUCAGUGUGAACCAAAGGACGAAGAAGCAAACCUCUGCAUCCGUUCUAACAACAGAUAUAUUUAUAAAAUGGUUUGUAAAGAAGCAAUCAUCAAAUACCUUCAAGACCAUAUGCUCAUAAUUAUGGGGAUUGCAUUUGGACUGGCAGUUAUUGAGAUUCUUGGUUUGGGGUUUUCUAUGAGCCUCUACUGCCAGAUCCAGAGAAAAUGAAACUGUGGAAGUGUCAGAACAAUGUCAACGGCCAAAUCAAAACCUUUGUAGAUAGAUGGAUAUUUGGUUUGGCACCUUCAGAUAAAUAUACGCAUGUCCCAGGCAGCUGUUCUGAUGAAAACAGCACCUCCUGUGCACACAGAUACUUCACAAUUUGCAAAAUGACCUCCUUAUACUUUGUAGGAUUUAAUGAUGUGAAUGUGAAUUUUAUUUGCAAUAAACGUCUUUGUUUGUGUU